CAAACAAUUGCCUUAAAUUUGAAAGGAGGGAUGGAAAGCAGCGCAAUAUGAUACAAUACACAGUACGGAGGUUCUCAAAGCCAUUUAGACUAAGGCCCCCAAGUUAUGUACUCCGACCACUCAUAGCUCCGCCUAAGCAACCUGCUCCCUUUUCCCCCCGAUACACAAGCUUCAAGGUCCAGCUGAGAGACUAUCAAGAAGAGUGCAUCCAGUCUGUCUUGCAAUCCCUCAAAGAUGGACACAAGAGACUGGGAAUAUCGUUAGCUACGGGCAGUGGCAAAACGGUGAUUUUCACUCAGUUGAUCGAGAGAAUCCAACCGAGGCGAGGCCGCGCUACGCAGACCCUGAUCCUCGCGCACCGGCGGGAGCUUGUGGAGCAAGCAGCGCGACACUGCACAAAUUCCUACCCCAACAGCUCUGUGGAGAUUGAGAUGGGCUCCAUCCAUGCCUCCGGCACCGCGGACAUUACUAUAGCCAGCCUGCAGAGCAUCACCUCGGGUGACCGGUUGAGCAAGUUUGCCCCGGAGCGCUUCAAGCUCGUACUCGUAGAUGAGGCCCAUCACAUCGUCGCACCGGGCUACAUGCGCGUGCUCCGCCACUUCGGGCUCGACAUCAAGCGCGCCGACUCCCCAGCACUGGUUGGCGUGUCCGCCACCUUUUCCCGAUUCGAUGGGCUCAAGAUUGGGGCUGCCAUCGACCAGAUCGUCUAUCACAAGGACUACGUCGACAUGAUCGGCGAUAAGUGGCUGUCGGACGUCGUCUUCACGACAGUGGAGUCAACGGCCGACAUAUCCAGGGUCAAAAACGGCGCCAACGGCGACUUCCAGCAGGGGGACCUGUCCCGUGUGGUCAACACGGAUCAGAUCAACGAGAUCACCGUCAGGAGCUGGUUGGCCAGGGCAUCGGACCGGAAGUCGACCCUUGUGUUUUGCGUUGAUCUUGCACACGUUGCCGGGCUGACCCAGACGUUUCGGAAGCAUGGUUACGAUGCCAGGUUCGUAACCGGUGACACACCCAAAGUAGAGAGAAGCCAGAUACUCGAGGCGUUCAGAAAGGGAGAGUUCCCCGUGCUCGUGAACUGUGGUGUGUUUACUGAGGGCACUGACAUUCCCAACAUCGACUGCGUGGUCCUCGCGCGGCCAACACGAUCCAGAAACCUGCUGGUCCAAAUGAUUGGGAGAGGAAUGAGACUACACGAGGGAAAGCGCGACUGUCACGUAAUCGACAUGGUGUCAAGUCUGGAGACCGGCAUAGUUACCACGCCUACACUGUUCGGUCUCGACCCAGGGGAGGUCGUCAACAAGGCGUCAUCGGCAGAUCUGAACGACAUCAAGGACCGGAAGCAGGCGGAGCAGCUCAGGCAGCAGCAUACUUAUUCCGACGCCCGGGACCCCAAACCUACUGCCGUACCAGCUACAUCAGUCACUUUCACGGACUACAACUCCGUAUUCGAUCUCAUCGAGGACACCUCGGGUGAAAAGCACAUCCGGGCCAUCAGCCAGUACGCCUGGGUCCAAGUCGGCGCCGACAGAUAUGUGCUUUGCGCCCCGAGCGGAUCGUUCAUCCGCCUCUCCAAGCUCGAAUCCGACGCCGCCUCCAAAACCGAACAGCAACCUCCCCUUUGGCUUGCCGUCGAAGUUCGCGCCCUACCCGCCGGCGUCGCCAAGUCCCCCUACGCCGCACCCCGGGAGCUCCUCAAAGCGACAACCUUCGCCGACGCCGUCCACGGCAGCGACAAGUAUGCCUCCGAGGCGUUCCCGCACGUCUUCAUCCACCGGUACCAGCGUUGGCGCAAGGGGCCACCCACGCCCGGCCAGAUUGAGUUUCUCAACAAGCUGCGCCCCAAGGAGGAGCCCCUGACGGCCGACGACAUCGACAAAGGGAAAGCCACGGACAUGAUCACCAAGAUCAAGCACGGGGCCAAGGGCCGGUUCGCGGGCAUCAUGACAGAGAAGCGGAAGAUUCAGCGGCAGCAUCACAAGAUCUCCCAGCACGAGGCACGAGCACGGCACGAGAAGGUGUCUGUCGGCCCAGUUGAUUCGUGAGGAGCUAGCGAGCUGGCCGCCCCAAUGCUUGACGGGCUAAUUCACCGUGGUGUCUGUCAAUGGCUGUAAGAUAUAGUGAUGUCACGACAUUGUGGUACUUUGAUACUGAUAGACUGUAUUGGUACGAAACGAUGACCUCUAAAAGAAAAGAACCCUGGAAAAGGGCACAUGUUUUCAUCCGCAAUAUGGACAAGCGUUUUGCCUAGCCCUACCAUCCAGCGAAGCCGACAUGGAAGUGAAUCUCUCAUCCAGUAAAGCGAGGGACUCGGAAAUGUGUCGUUCACAGCCAACAACGUGAGCGCCCUACAGUCCCCAUUCUUUCGUCUUGCGUGGGACGCGCUCUUGGGAAGGGGCGGGUUCUGCCGUGCCCAACAUAGGCUUCGUCGGAUUAGGUAGGGGGGCACGGUAGAGGGAAGGACACGGAUGGGCGUCGACAUAGUUGAUCCCAUUGUGGCAAGGUAGCCGUUGAAUUCAAGUGUAUGAUCGAUGCCUCCUUCUCGACAACCCGUUUGGCCGCGCUG